AUGAACGACAAGAUAUUUCGGGUUAUCUGUGUGCUGUUGGCUGGAUUUCUGUGGACAUCGGCAUUAGAUCUCGAGUGUGUGUACCAGGGCUGCUACUGCGACUAUGACAGCAUCAACUGUGGGGACAUGGACCUGACAGCCAUGCCGGAGAUCACAGGAGACUCGACUGCCUUCAUGCCACAGGUGUCUCUAGACAGAAACCAAAUCUCAAGAAUAUCAGCCGGAAGUCUCAUAGCAAACAUAUCCGGUCUCUCAGUCGCCGAGAACCCGGUGAAGACAAUCGACGAAGCGGCUUUCAACGAAUCUCUGAACACUCUCCAAUCAUUGGUCUUCUCUGGGGCUGCAUUCGCCCAGAUUCCCGAUGCAGUGUUACAGCUCCGAAACUUGAUUAGUCUCAGUGUUUCUAAUACGAAUAUAACAACAUGGAACGACAGCGGUAUGGCCAAGUUGGGAUCUGGGAUUCAAAUACUAAUCCUUGACACGGUGGGGUUAACUACAUGGCCUACGUGGCUCCAGGUGUAUUCUCGUCUGUUACAGUUAACUAUAUCCGGAAGCUCUAUUUCUUCUAUCCCUGACAAUGCUUUUGACUUGAGUGCCACCAGUUUAAGAGAGUUAAGUCUGAACAAUAAUAAUUUAGUAACUGUGCCGAAGGCUCUGGCAAAUCUGACGGAGCUAAUAAAACUUUCGCUAGCGCAAAACAGAAUUGCAAACAUUACUUGGUUACCACAGUUAAGUAAACUCACCUCGUUGUCUCUAAACGACAACAGGAUAUCUGAUUCAGUCCAACUCAGCACGGCUUUGCGAUCUUAUGGCAGCACAUUGAACGAGUUUAACAUUCACGAUAACUUGCUGACAUCCAUUCCAGAUACCCCUCUUUUGACUCAGUUGACAACUUUAGACUUUACACAUAAUCACAUUUCCGACCCAAACUCUGGAUCAGUGUCUUCAGCUGUGAUCGUCCUCAAACUGGAUUAUAACCGUCUUCGGACCAUACCCAGAGUCUUGAAGACAAUUAACUCAAAAUACAUUGGGGUAGCCCUAAGUUACAACAGUAUAUUUACAAUUCAAGGCAUCGACUUUCCAAAUUCAACAACUAAUGUUGAUCUCGGAGGGAACUUUAUCCAGGAGUUGAGUGAUACAAGCUUUCCCGUUAACUCCAGCAUUAUGUAUUUGUAUCUUUACAAUAACCCUCUAACAAAAGUGUCUCCCUUGGCCUUCCGGAAUCUUCCGCAAUUAAGAGAUCUGAACUUAAGAAAUACCAGACUUACUCGUUUACCUCUGGCCAUCGCUUCCCUGACCGGGCUGUGGUCAAUUGACGUGACCGGAAGUACUUACCUAGUUUGUACCUGUGAAGAGAAGAGUUUAGAGGCAGUGAUAAGAGCCGUAUAUGAUAUCUUUGGUGAUUGUGGACCGACGAGUCUAUACACUUUCUAUAAUGAAUUUAGCCCUAUGUGUUCUUCUGACAAAUAA